UCCAGCAAACUUGAGCACCAACGUGCAGUAAUAAACUCGCUAAUUCGAAGUUUCUGUACAUUUUACGAUGUUUGGAGGAGCAGAUAGUGGAGGAUUGUACUAAUGAUCUAUGCAAAGAGGCAAGUGGCAACAAAGAGAAAGAGCAUGGAACAAAGAUGCAUUUAUUGAGAAGUGAUAGUUGGCCAACUGCACCGCAUAGUUUUAAACCCACCAAAGAUUGGUGCUAGAAUUUUAUAUCAAGAGAAAUGGCAAUACAUGCAGUCAUGAGGUUGUGGAGUUAUGUGUUGCUGAUAAUCUGGACUACCCACCAAUGCUGCAUUUUGAGGGUCGCUGGACAAGACACUCCCAAUUGCCAGGAUAAAGCGUGCUACCCGCCUUUCAUAAACCUCAUCCAAGACUUGCCAAACAGAACGAUCUCCACCAGCUCCACCUGCGGGACCCCGCCCAGUGUAUUUGAGCUCCACCUCACUAGCCAGGGGGGGGAACAAUACCAACAACAGACGUGCGAUGCGAGCGAUCCGGACCUCGCCCAUCCGCAAACCGCCCUCUACGAUGCAACCAUGGUUUAUUUCUUUUCAGCACCCAACUUGGACUCCUGGUGGCAAUCACGGAAGGGAGCACAGGACGUGGAGCUGCUCCUUACGCUCGGAGACAAAUUCUUAUUUCAAGGGACUCGGCUGGCCUUCCGGAGUCUACGCCCAAAGAGUUUGAUCAUUGAAAAAAGUGCAGAUUUUGGUAUUAACUGGUCUCCACUGCAGUACUAUGCUGUCAGUUGCGCUGAAACCUUCAGUGGUGUUCCUGUGGAGAGAGGGACGCUUAGCUACUCGGCCAUUUGUGAGGAGAGGUACGUAGUUGGGGACACAACAACCCAAGUACCUAACUCAGAUAUUCAGGAGACUCAAUACAACCCGGCUCAACUCCUGGGCGAGGAGUUCUCCCUAAAGGAUGUCAUGGAUUACUUCACGGUUACCAACAUACGCAUCACCCUGGGUCUACCGGGCAGUGCUGUUCAGCUAAGAGACUACUUUGCCAUUGCUGACUGGCUGGUCAGUGGUCAGUGUCUGUGCUUUGGUCAUGCAGAGGAAUGCAAAGGAGAGGAUGGCUCUGACUGCGUAUGCCAACACAACACAGCAGGUUUACACUGCGAUCGCUGCAAGCCGCUGUUCAACAACAUACCAUGGCAAGCAGCGGUCGGGCUAAGUGCAGACAAUGUGUGCCAAGAUUGUGGAUGCAACGGUCGGGCAGCCAGCUGUGUCUACGAUGCCGUUAAGGAGUACGGCGUGUGCCAGGAUUGUACUGAGAACACUGCUGGAGAUAAAUGCGAGCAUUGUAAUGACAACUUCUUCCGCAAUCCGUUCACCGACCCAGCAAAUAAUGACACUUGUGUUGAUCUCAUGGCUCCUUAUCCAUGUAGUCAAUAUUGCUGGCCGUGUAUGUGUAAUGGUAACGGCACAGUAGCGGGCAGUGUUUGUAAUGAGACUGAUGGGAGUUGUGCGUGUAAAGUUAACGUACAGAACUUACUGUGUGAUGAGUGUAAGGAUACUUUCUACAACCUGGACAUUUUGAAUCCGGCUGGAUGCCAACCAUGUGACUGCGAUCCCAUUGGAUCUUUGGGGUCAACAAACUUCUGCAACAAGGGGACCGGGCAGUGUAUCUGCAAGACCAAUGUAGAGGGGAACCGGUGUGACACGUGCAUGACUGGAAGUUAUAGCCUUGACGCCAACAACCCAGACGGCUGCUCUCUCUGCAGUUGCAGCGACGGAGCCUCCUUGAGUGGCCAAUGUGAUGCCACCACAGGGACCUGUACCUGCCGACCGAAUAUUGUCGGGCGCGCCUGCAAUGAAACCACACCCGGAUUCUACGUUCCAAAACUCGACCAGUUGACCCUCGAGGCUGAAUUGGCGUCUGCUGAUAAAGUUGUUAGUAUUGAAGAGAGGCCAUCUAGUGCAGACACUGCAAGGCACACAGGCCGAGGUUUUCUUACCAUCUCACCAAACACUAUCGUCACAUUUGCUGAUGUCGUGGUUCCAAGCACCGCGAACUAUGAACUGGUUCUAAGAUAUGAGAGCGCCGGUAUUUUCCAGAGCGUGCGUAUAGAGCUGACACAGCAGUCACCAGUGCCUUAUGAAUGCAGUGGACAGUCAUUGCCAGGAACCACUAUUUCACUUGUGUCUGAUGUACAAACCGCUGGAGUUGGAGGUGUCCAGCAGUUUGGUGCAGCCUGUUUGAACGCAGCUGGCGUUUAUAACGUUUCAGUCAUUACUGGUUUCUCAUCCCUUGGGCUGUUUUCAUCAAUCCUUCUGGACUCGUUGGUCCUACUGCCCGUGCUCAAUGACCUGAAUGUAUACGCCUCAGCGAUGACCUCCAACCUGACCCGUGAGGUCAUGACAUCCUGUUGGAUGGCAGCCGUUUCCCUGGACCGCAUCGUCAGGGAGUCUGGAGACUGUGUCAUGUAUGAGUUCUCCCUCAUGGCAGAAGUCUACAACGGAGCUAUCGAAUGUUCCUGUAACAAUGGAGGUCAUCUUCUAGGUACACAGUGUGAUUCCUACAGCGGCCAAUGUCAGUGUUUGGAUGGUGUGACAUCACAGUCAUGUGACUACUGUCAAGCCUAUUACUACGGUUACAGCAUGCAGGCAGGCUGCACGGCUUGUGGUUGCGACAUCAACGGUGCUCAACGGCAGGCCUGUGAUGACCUCAGCGGGAUGUGUGAAUGCCACCAGAAUGUGAUAGGAAUUAAGUGUGAUGCUUGCAUGCCAGAGCAUUAUGGUCUGUACACAGGUACUGGGUGUGUCCCCUGCACCUGUUCAUCCAAUUACUCAUUGGACAAUGCAUGCGCUGACUCUGGGCAAUGUAGCUGCAAGCCUGGUAUAGGUGGACAAGACUGCACUGAGUGCGCCGCAGGGUUUUACCAGAUGACAACGGAUGGUUGUACCUACUGUGACUGCAAUAAAGUGGGAAGUACACAGUCUGGCUGUGACUCUAAUGGAAACUGCUUGUGUCUUGAAGGGACUGUGGGGGAUAAAUGUGACGUCUGUGCCGAAGGUUUCUACGGCUUUGGGCCCUGGAGUGAGCGCGGAUGCACCCAGUGCUACUGUUCGUCACACAGUACGCAGUGUACCAGUGCGUUGUCUUGGUUCAGGGGUCAGGUCGUCAGCAGCUGGUCCCUGCUGGACUUUGAUGCGAUAGCUCCACGGUGGACCGGUGUCAACGGAACCGAUUACAGCGUGGACAUAAAUGAAGUCCCAAUUUUUGACUUGUCGAAUCCAAGACUUAUCCUGGAGCUCAGCACUCCGAGCAACUCCACCGAUUUCUUCUUUGUUUCUCCCGACAUCUACCACGGCGACUUCCGCACCGCCUAUGGACAGAACCUGUCUUUCACCCUAAGCCAGACGUCAGACCAGGACCCCUCUGUAAAUCCAGAGGGGGAUGUCUUCAUUGAGGGAAUGUAUGUAGAUGAGUUAUUGGUCGCAUCCUUGCCGUUUGUACCGUAUGCAGAUGGCAACGAGACAGAAUACAACUUGAAACUGCAUGAGAGCUACUGGCGUAAGGGCAGCCCACAAGGGGACCAGCCAACCGCUGAGUAUGUUAUGCAGGCGUUAACUGGUAUCCAGUCCAUCCGUAUCAGAGCCAAGUACAACACGGUACCAGGAGAGUCUGUGUUCUUACAUAGUGUCAUGUUGGACUACGCCACACAGGGUGAUAGCGGUAUCACGGAAGACAAUGCAGACUUUGUGGAGAAUUGCACUUGCCCACCACAAUACACAGGUUCUUUUUGUGAGCAAUGUGCCCCAGGUUAUAGGAGAUCAUCCUUAGCUAGGGGUCCCUUCUCUGAUUGUGUACCGUGUGACUGUAACGGCCAUAGUGAUCUCCCAUGUGACUUAGACACCGGGGUAUGCCAGGGCUGUAGCCACAACACCGGAGGGGAUUUCUGCCAGCUGUGUCUGGACGGUUACCGUGGUGACGCGACCGGCGGAACACCAGGUGAUUGUCAGCCAUGUUUGUGCCCAGGGUCACCAGAUAGUGUCAACUCUUUUGCUGCUGUCUGUGAUGCGGUCGGGGUGUGCGCUAACUGCACAAUCGGACACAGCGGGGACUCAUGCGAGACCUGCAUCAACGGGUUCUACGGAGUACCAACUGACCCAAUGGCCAAUGGCGGGCAAUGCGUGCCAUGUUUCUGCAACCUGAGCCCACCCGAGUGUGACACCAUCACCGGACAGUGUCUUGCCUGCCAGGGAAACACCACUGGACAAACGUGUGAUGUUUGUGACUUUGGCUCUUGGGGAAUGAUAGACAACUGCCAAGAAUGUCUUUGCGAUUCCAUGGGUAGCUAUGGAAACUGCAGUCAGACUACCGGCGUGUGUGAUUGCUAUCCUAAUGUAAUCGGGGACCAGUGUGCAGAGUGCGCCAUGAAUACCUGGGGUAUCGCCAGCAGAUCUGGAUGUACCUUAUGUGACUGUCAUCCAGUGGGGACCAUUAAUCAACAGACACGCUGUGAUUUGGUCACAGGUCAGUGUGAAUGCAAGCCCCGGGUCACAGGUCAAAAAUGUGACCAAUGCGCACAGGGCUACUGGAACAUUGAUCAAGAAUGUAUACCUUGUGAGUGCAGCCUUGAAGGCACUGCCCCUUCCACCUGUAAUGCCUUGGACGGUAGAUGUACCUGUGACCUUGUGACCGGUCAGUGCGGCUGUAAGGUCCCGACCAUAGCUGGACGGACGUGUGAUCGGUGUGGCCGCGUUGAAGAAGAUGGGUCGGAAAUAGUUUCUGAAGUUUUUGUCGGUUCUUUCCCUAACUGUGAACCUUGCCCUGAGUGCUUCCAAAACUGGCGCAAAGCUUUCCAAGACAUGGCAGACGUGUUUACUCAACAGCAAAUGACUCUCGAAGCACUGUUAGCAAACUACGAUGGCAUGACUGCUAUGGAAGUAGACACUAUGCUGAACUUCAUCAGGAGAAACUUAACUAGUGCUGAACAAGCCAUAGAGCUGGGCACCAGGGAAGUUGUUGAUCUGGAAGAUGUAGAGGCAGGCUACAGGCAGAUUUCAAUGGAGAUAGCAAAUUUCACUGCUUUAGUGGCAGCCAUAGAGGCCAAGCAGUCGGUGCUGACGACCAGUACAAACCAAGUAAGUUCCUUCAGCGGGAACGUCAUCGUGGGGGACAACAUGGUCAGGAACGCAGCCCAGCUAGGAGGGGAACUAUCCACUUUGGUGACUGCCCUGAUGAGCCAGUUUCAACUGGCGAAUGGAACAUGGUUCACUAUCCAAGAAUUGAAUGCUGCGAUCGAGGCUUCUUAUCAACACGUCCAGCAACUCAUCAGGGUAGUUGACGGCCUUCUUCAGGAUAUUGAGCGGUCGGCGAUGGAACGCCAGAGCGCGGAAGUGAUUCUCAACGACAACUCCCGUGACGCUGAGUAUACGACGAACGCAGAGCGGCUCGCUGCGAUUGAAAUCAUCCAAGCAGAUUACCCUGUAGCCUCGACCUUCCAGGAUGUGCAGGUUGCCCAGACAGUGGCUCAGGGAGCUAAUGUUACGGCAGAGGUAACCUUGGCUGGGGUUGAGGCCGUUCAGAGGCAGGCUAGUGCCCAGGCUUAUCAGAGUGAAGUGGCUAGGUAUAAUACUACGAAUGCUGAGACGGCAGGGAGUAUGGCUCAAUCAGCUGCAGUGACCUACAAGGAUGUUGCGUUAUCCACCAAAGCCAAUAUGACCAGCUCCUACAUCCAGGUCCUAGACACCUACACAGCUCUACAGGAGGCCGAGUCCCGUACUAUCAACGCCAGAGAUAUUGCGUUUGCUGUCCAGGGCAUGACGGUCCGACCCUCCUCCGAGAUACAAACACUCGUAGAGCUCAUCAAUGCUGCUUCACUGAGUGACACGGACGUGGAGAAUCUACGGCUGGAGUCCAUGAAUAAAUUGACAAGGGCGGAGCAGACCAAGAGAACGGCCGGAGAGGCACAAAUGGAAGCGGAAACAGCCGGAGCUCAGGUGCAGAACUUGGAGUAUGACCUGGCGGAAGCGACCAGAGUGAGGGAAGAGACUUCUCAGAGACUUCAGGAAAUUGAUGGCAACAUCACCGCCAUCACUACAACAGCCAGUCAGGUCCAAGCACAAGCUCAGGAGGGGUACACCAGUGGUCAGCAGACGUCAUCUUCCAUUAUGAGUAUACUACAGGGAGUCAGGAAUACAGAGCAAUGUUUCAGUGCUAAGAGGAACCAGGCUGAAGAUGCUGCUAAUAGGGCUGGAUCAGCCUUCGGUCAAGCCUCAACGGCCCAACAGGUGUUUGAUAGCAUUUCUCAGGACGAUGAGACCACCGAUAUGCUACUGGCUGCAGCGAGGGUACAAUCCUCAGCAGAUGCUACGGUCGUCCAGACAUCAUCUGACAAUGCUAAUCAGCUACGAGAUGACAUCAACUACGUGCAGCAAAUUGCAGAUCUAGAUGCACUCAUGACCCAGUACAUGACCCAACGCACACAAAUGCAGCAGCUGAACUCUUCACUGGAAGGACUGGAGACCAGUCUAGAUGCCAUCAUGGCCAACCUGGAGGGCGCAGAGGGAGGCGAUUUAAAGUGUAAAACGUAGAGAAAGAACUGGGGACUAGUCUAUGUGCUAUUUAUAGUCUCGAUAAAGUAAUAAUAUACAAAACCGACUACAUGUUUGUGUUCUUGACACAUAGAGUUAUAUAUAAGAACUAGAGGGCGCACUGGCCUAUAUACGCGUUCCGGCAUGCGCGCAGGCG